AUGCCUAACACUGUCCAGAUAUUCUUGCCGCCCGGCUUGAGCGAGGAAAAUGCUACUGCAAAGCCCUUCCACGUUUACGACGAGGCUUUCUAUGAUAUCAUUGGUACCAAUCCUACUUUGACUGUCAUUGCGAGCACCGGUGGGGAUCCACUGUUUCACGAAGCUGUUGUUUGGUAUCCUCCAACGAACGAAGUAUUCUUCGUCCAGAAUGCAGGCGCCGCGGCUGCUGGAACCGGUCUCAACAAAUCAAACGUCAUCCUGAAGAUCUCCUUGGACCAGGCGGCUGCUGUCUCAAGCGAGCGCAAUGCUAGUGGCCGGGUCGAUGUCACGGCUGUCAACGCAACUCCACCAGUCAUCAACUCUAACGGUGCCACAAAUUACCGCGGACAGUUCGUCUUCACAGGCGAGGGCCAGGGCAACGACACGGCACCAGCUUUAUACGUGAUGAACCCGGUCGAGCCGUACAACACGACUGUGCUUAUCAACAAUUAUUUCGGCCGGCAGUUCAACUCCCUUAACGACGUUUCUAUCAAUCCUCGGAACGGAGAUGUUUACUUCACUGAUACCCUGUAUGGGUACUUGCAAGACUUUCGCCCUUCGCCGGCUCUCCCAAAUAUGGUUUAUCGCUUGAAUCCAUCCACAGGUGCCGUGACUGUGGUAGCUGACGGUUUCGGACUUCCCAAUGGAAUCACGUUCUCCCCGAACGGCUCUUAUGCCUACGUCACCGACACCGGCGCCCAGUACGCGUUGUACGGCUAUAAUUUCACCGCGCCCGCUUCGAUCUACCGCUUCACCGUUGAGAGCGAUGGCACCUGGAGUGACCGUAAGAUCUUCUCAUACGUGUCACCGGGAAUUCCGGAUGGCAUCCACUGCGACACGAAUGGCAACGUCUACUCUGGGGUGGGUGAUGGUGUGCACGUCUGGAAUCCGUCGGGCACGCUGCUCGGUAAAAUCUUCAUUGGCGAGACCUCCGCGAAUUUCAACUUCGCCGGUAAAGGCCGGAUGGUCAUCUGUGCUGAAACUCAACUUUAUUAUGCGACGUUGGCGGCUGAAGGGGCGGUCGUUGCCAGUGAGAUGCCUCCUUCUUAG